AUGGGCACUCCCCCAACCUUCCAGAAGAGUUUACCAGGUAUGGUUCUCCUAUUGAUGCCCAGCCAGGAUUGUCAGAGGAGGAAGCAGUCCAGUGGUGACAGCGAAAACCAGACCACCUGGCUGAUCUUAGUGGGCUUCCGGGAGCUGCAACACUUGGGCUUCCUCCCCUUCAUCUUCUUUCUGGCCAUCUAUGUGGUAACAGUCGGGGGCAAUGUCCUCAUUGCGCUGGCUGUAGCCUCUAGUCGGACUCUCCACACACCCAUGUACUUCUUCCUCUGCCACUUCUCCCUCCUGGAGAUUGGCUAUACCUCCAACAUCGUGCCUCAGCUGUUGUGGAGCUUCCUAGAAGGGAGGGAAGCCAUCUCGCUGGUCAGCUGUCUGGUCCAGUUCUAUAUGUUUGCCUCACUGGCUGCAACUGAGUGCCUCCUGCUCUCCGCCAUGUCCUACGACCGUUACUUGGCCAUCUGCCACCCCCUUCACUACACUGCCCUGAUGAGCACCUGUUUGUGUGGCUGCCUGGCUGCUGGAGCCUGGUUCAGUGGUUUCUCAUUCUCCGCCUUCACUCUGACCCUGGCGGCCCCUCUGCCCCUUUGCCCUGGCAGCAGAGAGAUUGACCGCUACUUUUGUGACUUUGCUCCAGUUACAGGGCUGUUCUGUGGGGAUGUGGCAGCCAUGUGGGGAGCUGGAGUGAGCAUCUCAGGCUUCCUGACAGUGGCCCCCUUCCUAUUGAUUGUGGCAUCCUAUGCCUUCAUCCUGAGGACUGUGCCACAAAUACCCUCAGGCCAUGGUAGAGAGAAGGCCUUCUCUACCUGUUCCUCCCACCUCAGUGUGGUCGGGGUGUUUUAUGGCACCCUCAUUGUAGUCUGUGUAGCCCCAACAGACCACAUGCCCCCCUUGCUCCGAAAGGCCUUCUCUGUCUUCUACACUGUGUUCACCCCUAUGGUCAACCCCAUCAUCUACAGCCUUAAGAACCAACAGGUAAAUGGUGCCCUUCAUAGGCUCUGGGGAAAGCUCAUCCCAAGACAUACCCCACCGAGGGAAAUGGGACAGCUAUUGACUUCUUCCUGGAUUCCAGCUUAGCCCCUUCCUCAAAGUCUAAAGGACCAGAGAGCACUGUGAUGAAAAGAUGGAGUCUGUGGGAUUGAAACUUUAUCUCUCACAGAAUGAAGUAACUUCAUUUUUCCAGUUGGAAUUGGGCAGGGAUCAAAAUACAUGCUUGAUACAGGGCCUAAAUACCAUAGACACUCCAUAAAUAUUAGUUGAAAAAAAUUAAUGAAUUAAUCAAUACUGAAAAGAAUGCGAGAGGGAACAGAGCAUAACAUCAAGUGGGGAACAUUUGCAGAUUAUUAAUCCAAGGUGACAAGGACUGAGGUUGACAGAUAGGGAAAGAGAGAUAAGGAGAUGGUAAUAAGAACCAUUAAGAAUUAAGAUAAUAUCUCAUGGCAUGCUUCAAAUUAAAUCUCAGAAACAGAGAAAGAAAACUCCACAACCUAAAGUCUGUAAAGUAGUGAUGUAGGUAGUGGUGGGAUAUGAGCCACUCUCACUGCAUAUAGAUAGCACUCCUCCUAGGGAAAGGAAGGGUCAGUUAGAGGGGAGGAAAGAACUCUAUGCACUCAUGCCUGUAGCCCAGGAGCCCAAUUAGGCCACUGCUCUGGGUCUUCCCAUUAGUCCUCCUAUCAUUGAUGUUGGACCAAUAGGUAGUAGGGGAAAGGAAGGAGCCAAUUAAAUAAAGAAAGAAAAAAAUAAAUUGAACCCAAUGAGAGGAUUCUGAAAUUUUACCUCUAUCAAAGAAUCUUCGAAGUCUUUUUAAAAUGACACAAAAACAUUUCUAAUUUUUUUGUUUAAUAUAUCAACAAGUUUCUCAACAUGUGAUAUGUAAACCAUCUAUACCAGAAUAAUCUGGAGUUGUUGUUUACAAAUGCAGAUUUCUAGGCUCCUCACCAGACCUAAAAAAUCAGAAUCUCUAAAAAUGGGGCCCAGGGAUCAGCAU